GUUACAGCUCUCGGUCUCUCUCUCUCUCUCUGUCUCCUGGUUCCAGGAGCUUCUCAGCACACGGAUCCCAGGUCCAAACGACAUGCUGGCUCCUGGCUGUUCUUCCUUGGUAGUGUUGGAAUCCUCUCUCUCCCGUCUCUGGGGUGGCUUAUUUCAAGCCCAGUGGGAUGGUAAAACUGACCAAUCCCUUUGGUGGGCCACAAUUACCAUAUCCACACAGUUCCACCCAAUCACCUGGGUGGGAGUUACAAGACUAUGGUUAGAAAGGCCACACAAAAGUGAUCCAUUGCACCACACCCUGAAUCUCCCUCUAGAUAGCCAUGUUCAAGCCACAGGACAAGGACAAGUGUGAGGCAACGGAAGCACUUAGGGCACAAAAUUUAAGGACUGUCAGGGCUGUGCAACAAACAUGAGCUGACGAUCAUCCUCUGAAAUGUUCUGUGUGGGCAGAAGCCUACUAUCCUCUCUCUCCCUUCCUCCUCCUACACUGAGAUCAAAUUCUUACUAACUACGAAACUCUGAGUAAAUUAUUUAACCUCUUUGUGUCUCAGUUGCCUUAUCUAUAAAAUGGGAAUGACAAAAAAUAUCUAUCUCAUAAAACUGUGGUGAGGAUUAAACGAGUUGAUAUGUGUAAAGUGUUAGAGGGGGGCUAGCACUCACUGAAUGUUAGCUAAAACCACACACUCCAUUAUCCUGAAGUUUUCUUACUAAGUCCUCUAAUGCUACAGCCUGAACAAACAUGUAAUCUGAAUCUCAAAACACAGUAGGCUACUGUAGUUCAACCAGCUAUUUCACUACCAGUAAAAACAAAAAAAGGCACUUUCUCAAAGCAGGUAAAGAGAAUUUUGUUUCUCCCAGCCCAUCCUUCUCAAUUCAGCCAAUUCCACAAAUCUUACUCGCAGCAUCCAUUUCUAGUCAGUUGCCAUAUUUCCGUAUCAGUUAAAAGUCUUUCAGUUGCCUGUGACGGUAAGCCAACACAAACUGGCUUAAGCAAAACAGAGAAUUUAUUGGCCCAUUGUAUUAGUUAUCUAUUUCUGCAUGACAAAUUACCCCCAAAACGUGUCAGCUUAAGACAAUAAACAUGUAUUUUUUCAUAGGUUCUGUGGGUUAGGAAUCCAGGCACAGCUUAGCUGGGUGCCUCUGGCUCAAGGUCUCUCCUCAGGCUUUGAUCAAGGUGUCAGCCAGGGCCUCAGCUAUCUCAAGGCUCAACCAGGGGAGGGUUCACUUCCAACAGCACUUGUGUGGCUCUUGGCAGGCCUCAGGUCAACAUUGACGGUUAGCCAGAGAAAUCAGUUCUUCAGUGGGUGUUGGCUAGAGGUGUCCCUCAGUUCCUUGUCAUGGGGGCCUCUCCAUAGGACAGCUCAUAACAUAAAACCCAGCUUCCCUCAGUUCGAGCUAGGAAGAGAAAGAAAGUGGGCACCCGAGAUGGAAGCCACAGUCUUUUUAUAACCUAUUCUCGGAAGGGACAUCUCUCCACCUCUACCAUUCUAUUCACUAGAAGCAAGUCACUGAACCCAGCCUACACUGAAGGAGAGACUACACAAGGGCAUGAAUAUACCAGGAGGCAGAGAUCAUUGGGGGCCAUCUUAGAGGCAGCCUUAAAGACACCGAUGUAACUGAACAUUCCAGGGAUAGAUUAUGCUUCAGUCAUGGUUUAAGCAGGUGCUUAAAUGAUGUCACCAAAACUAGUUUCUCUGUCUCCAUUUUUUUUACCCCACCUCUUCUGUGUUGACUCCAUUCCCAGACAGGGUCCCAUUCUGUGGUCACUAGACGAUUGCCAGCACCUGCCAAGGCUACUUCCUUCUAACUCAAACCCAACACAGAGAAAGAGAGAGAGACUACUUGUCCCAGAAUUCCCAAGAACGUUGAGUUUCAUUUUAUUUAGACAACUUAGGCCAGGUACCCACCUGGGAAGCAGGAAGUGGUCACCGUGGCCAGAGGAAUGCAAUGUUCUGAUUUGCUUAAGUCAGAAUCAUAUGACUCUGAGGGGGAAGCCUCAUCUACACCAUGUGGACUGAGAGAUGGAGAAGAUUGAUCCCUAAGUAAAAAUUUGAUCUGUGGCCAGAGGUAAGGAAAAUAAACAAUAAGUCCCCCGCAGACAAUAGGGGAAAGAAGAUAGGCUCAGUGUGAGGGCGUUGAGUGUGCCACCAGGGAAAUGUUCUACAUUUACAAGAACACAGCAUGUCUCAAAUCUUCACCUCAGACAGAGAGGAAGUGACAGAAAAUGCAGAACAGAAUAUAGAACCCAAGUCAUCUGACACUAAACUAAAGCAAGUAAUGCUCAGUAUGGUAUUGCAAGUCCCAUGAAGGCCCUGAAUUGACUUGGGGGCCCUACCGUAAUGUGAGUGGGUAGGAGGAGUCCAUGGUGCAGGCUCUAACCCACCCUUUCUGGAGCACACAUACACACACACGCUAGCGGAUGUUGUGGUAAGUGCUUCCUCCUCCAGCCUGAGAACUGAAAGUAGAUCAUCAUGGCGAACCCAAAGAGAUAUACAGAUGACUGUGCUCUAGGACCUUUCUCCACCAAGUCACAGAAGACUCUGUCGUACAUAUUUUCUCCCACUCUAUGGACCCCUCUCCUCUUCCUGCUCAUGGCUGCUCCUCCAAGUCCCUCUUCUGUCUCUGCAGAACUAAGAACCUCUGGAGAGGAAGCAGUCCCAACAGAGGUGAUAGGAACCCUAGGGGGAUUCAUGACUUUACCCCUGAACAUCUCAGUGGGCACAGAGAUUGAGCAUGUCGCAUGGAAUGGUCCCCAAAAGACCCUUGCUCUAGCAUCCCCGGCAGGAGCGGUUAUCAUUUUGGACAAAAGCUAUCAGAGCCGACUAAGCAUCUCCAGCCAGAGCUACUCUCUGAACAUAAGCAAACUGACCCCAAAGGAUGAGGGGCUCUAUCGAGCCCAGAUAAACAGAAAGAAUUCUAACAUUACCAUUGAGGAGAGAUUCGUCCUACACAUCUACGAGCAGUUGCAGAAGCCCCGAGUCACUGUGAAGCACACCAUGUCUGAGAGCACCUCCUGUAACCUCACCCUGGUGUGCUCCGUGGAGAGGGCAGAGAAAAGCGUUCUGUACAGCUGGACCUGGGUGGACACCCACUCUUUUAAGUCCUUUGAGAGCUCCACUCUUACCAUCUCCUGGAUGCCCUGUGAUCCAGAUGUGGCGUACACCUGCACAGCCAAGAACCCUGUCAGCCAGAGCACCUCCAGCCCUAUCCAUGCCCAGCAGUUCUGUGCAGAUCUAAGAGCCUCCAGAGGACGAACAGUGGGGGAGACAGUGGUGGGGACACUGGGGGAGUCGGUCACCCUGUCCCUGACAGUCCCGGUCAGUCGGGACAUAGAGAAAGUUGUCUGGAUGUUUAACACAUCCAUUAUCAGCAAAGACUGGCGAGAACCAGCAAUAGCAGGCCCACUCAUGAAGUCCAAGGAACCUGGCAAGGACAGAGUGUGGGUCUCUGACCAGGACUACACCCUGAAGAUCAGCCAGCUGAAGAUGGAAGACACCGGCCCCUACAAUGCCUACUUGUGCUUAAACACCCCCAGACUCACCAGCACACAGCACUUCACCCUGCGCGUCUACCGGAGGCUGAAGAAGCCGGAAAUCACCUGGAUCCCUGGGCCCUCUGAUGACAGCAUCUGCAGAGUCACCCUGAUGUGCUCAGUGGAGGACAGUGGAGAUGAUGUGACCUACAGAUGGACCUUCUUGCAAAAGGGAGCUGUUGCAUCCCAAGAGGGGUCACUCCUCAAUGUCUCCUGGCGUAGCAGUGAAUAUCACCCCAACUUCACAUGCACAGCUAUGAACCCCAUCAGCAACAGUUCCUGGCAGUUUCUUUCUGGGAAUAUCUGUCCAGGGCCUUCGAGAAGUAUGAAGCAUUGGAUUAUACUCUUCCUGAUAACUGUUGUCCUUCUAUGCUUUGGAUUCUCCGGCUGGUGUAUUUGGAAGCAAAAAAGACAGUGUUCAGCUCCAGCCUUCAAUUCCAGCCAAGUUGAGGCUCCAGCUGACUUAUCAGGGCAAGACGCCAGUUCCUCAGAAGAAAGACAGUUCAUACACAGUGUACUGCUCUGUACAGAAACCCCAACUGGUGAGAACAAUUUUCUCUGUAUUCCAGAGCCCACGAAGUGAGGAACUAUUGCCCAGACCUUUUUAACUGAUAGUACUAGAUUCCCACAGCUGAGGAGCUUAAGUUCUACCUGUUACGCACCCCUUGGCACACUCCAUGGUCACCAGAGUUGCUUAAACAAAUAUUCCUGAUUUGCAUCUGUAUGACCAAAGGCUGAACAUUUUUUAAUUGAUUUAAUAAUUUCUAUCCAUCUUUUAGCUCCAACUUAAAUUUUUUUAUUAUGAAGCCUUUCCUGUCUACCUCAGUGCAGCCAGUGCAGUAAUACCUCCUACUUCCAAAGUUUGAAAACCCUUGGGAACUACGCACAUAACUUAGAAAGUAGUCACGCAGUAAACGCUUGUUCAGGUAUGUAGUUCAGUUCAACCAUCAUCUUUCUCAUGUCUUGAGUUCUAGCGCAUGGCCUAAUGCUUAGCCAGCUAUGACUUCACUUUUGGCCUUGAGGACAAAUUCAUACUGUUUGCUACAUUCCCAAAGCUGCUUUCCUGGCCCUUUGUGUUUGGAUCAAUACUGGUCCAUCUUAAAGUCAUGGACACCAGUCCCUGCCCUGAGUUUCAGAUUGUCCGUAAGUCACUGCCUGUCUGGUUUGUCCUUCAUGGCUCCCACACCACCCCCAGGAACCUGAGACCCCUGAAACCACCCUACUUAAAAUGCAAAUAGAAAUCCAUGUAUUUCUUCAAUCAAGCUCUUGACUGAAUUUAUCCCUUGUCUUCAGAAUUUUCAACACCAAGAAUUCUGAAGCAGGUUCUGAGCCCCCUAUUGCCUACUUGAUCAGAAAAUUCUUGAAACUACCUUAGUUACUAAUUUCUGACACACGUCUCUGCUCCAUAUCUCAAAGAAGGUAUAUGUUCUUGCCAAGCUGUGGCUGACACCUAACCUCUCCCUCCUCUCUGGAUCAUCCCAGGUCUCAUCUGUUUUUUAGAGCCUUCCCUGAACACUCUCAGACAAGGAAGCCUCAGAAUGCUUAUAACAGGAAGGU